AUGAAGAUUCGAUCGCAUUUUACGAUCACCUUGCAGCCCAAGGUCCAAUCCAUGCUGGCAACGUCAAUUGAGUGUAAACGCGCAUGGGAAGUACUCGAGAACAUCGCACAGUCAUAUGGUCGUGCGCGAACCUCUUAUACUCAGUCUUUUACGGACGGACUCACACAAAUGAUCAAGCAAGAAGCCAGAACUGAGACCGAUGUGCAAAAUAUGGCCAAGGACGCUGUCAGGAGAUUUCAACGCGAACUAGAGUCAUUGUUCGUCCAGGCUAUACCUGCUAAGCGAUUCUCGAAAACCCUGAGCUAUGUUCUUUUUGAUGCGGGAUGUAAGUUAUUCCGCUUACACAUGAAUGCUCCAAACUUUUCGAUUCACUCUACUGAAACUGGGGAUGUGAAAAGACGACUCGUACAGCUGCUAAAAGGUCUACAAAUGGUCGGACUGGGAGGAGACGCAGCUCACCGAUCAUUCGCUCAUGCCAUGGACAAGUUACUGAGUGAAUUCGUCGUGAGCCACUACAUGAAGGUAGAUUGGUAUGGCAAGCUUUCGGUGACAGCGAAGUUAAAAGAAUGGAUCAAAGACGGCUUUGGACAACUUGUUUUGUUAGUCAUGGAGUGCCUGACCGACAGCACUACAACAGUGAAGCUCACAUUUGGUAUGGCUGAAAUUACAUCUUGGCAAAAGAUGGCCAUCGAACGUCUUGGUAGAGCUCGUGCGGACAACCUCUUUGAUUACAUAGUGAACUGGGAUCAGUCCAUCGGCGCCAUAUUAGAUCUCAAGGAAUAUCUCACCACGAACUCUGAAAGAGCACACCUAGUCGUCUCGUUCACAGGCCAGCUCUAUCGGCGCCUCCUGCGCCCAGGGACAACAACUACCCAUAUCCUAGACAUAUACAUUUAUGUCAUUAGGGCUUUCAAAGAACUCGAUCCUAAAGGGGUGUUAUUAGAACGUGUCGCUCUACCCAUCAGACGAUAUCUGAAAGAUCGCACUGACACGGCCAAAAUUAUUGUAUCAAGUUUACUUGCAGAUAUUCAGGAUGAAGACGGCAAUCAUGUCGAUCCAGGUGGUGACAUUUCAAUAGAGAUAGCCACAGAAAUGCUCAAGCCUAUCUCAUCCACUGCUAACGACCACGACGACGAUCUUAACUGGGGAGACCUGAAUUGGACCCCGGAACCAGUAGACGCCUCUGCUGAAUACAAGAGCUCGAGAGCAAACGACGUCAUAUCCUACCUCCUCACCCUCUUCGAUCCAGGCGACUUCAUCACUGAGCUGAAAAAUAUCCUCGGCGAACACCUCCUCACAAAUUCAGACUCCUCAUUUGACAAAGAGAUUCGCCUUCUCGAACUCUUCAAGCUCCGAUUAGGUGACUCCCAAAUGCAAGCCUGCGACGUCAUGCUUCGCGACGUGGUCGACUCCAAACGACUCAACACCACAAUUUCUUCCUCCCGUCCCACAAAACCCCCUAUCCGCGCACAUGUUCUGUCUUCUUUCUUCUGGCCUCCCCUCCGCGACGAUACAUUCACCAUUCCCGCCACAGUUGCCGAAGCGCAGGCCAUCUACGCCGCCGGAUUCGAAGCUAUCAAGGACAUGCGCAAAUUGCACUGGCUGCCCGCUCUGGGUAAAGUCACCGUCGAGCUCGAGCUACAGGACCGCGAAGUGUCCGUCGACUGCACGACAUGGCAAGCCAGCGUAAUUCACGCGUUCCAACGCUCUUCGUCCGAGCCCCAGCGCGUCGGCGGUGUUGCGCGCUCUGUGCAGCAGCUCGAGGACCACCUGGCAAUGGACGAAGCGCUCGUGCGCAAUGCACUCGCAUUCUGGGUUGGUGAACGCGUGCUUGCGCCACAUCCAGACACUCCAGACACAUAUGUCGUACUCGAACGCCUUACCAGUGCGGCACGCACGACACGGGCGGAGGUCGAGGCCGCCAAAGAAGAGGCAGCAAUGGAGGCACCCGGGGGCGGCGGAGUCGUUACAGCUAAUGACCUUCUCGAUCGUAAUCGCAGUCUGUACGAGACGUUCGUGGUAGGAAUGUUGACGAACCAGGGCGGCAUGACGAGGGCUCGGAUCUUGAUGAUGCUGAAGAUGGCGGUACCAGGUGGGUUUCCUGGUGGAGCGGAGGACGUGGGGACUGUGCUCGAGGGCUUGAGAGAGGCUGGCAAGGUGGACAGCACCGGGGCCGACGUGUGGGCUGUCAAGAAGGGAUGA